AUGCUUCCUUUCGCAAGCCGUUUCAGGUCGGACGCUCUCAAAGGGACCGCUGUGCAACCGUUACGCGUCGAUACAUUCUCCCUGCGGACAAAGUCUUUUACCGUCUGACUAUUGAUUAAAUUGCUCGAAUUCCAGAGGAGGCAAACAAAGUCAGGCUCGAAAAUUCCAGAAAAAAAAAACCAAAAUUCUCACUUCAUUUUGAAUUUACAAUUUUGAAUUUAUCUUCAUUCAGUCCCCAAAAAAUUUUUCUUAUUCCAUCUUCCCGUCAUUUUCUCAGAAGUUUAGGUCAUCAAAUGAAAAGAAGGAGAUUUUUUUUCGACAACAAGGACGUACACACGUAAUCAUUGCCGUCAUUUGAACUUCUAAUUACAUAUUCUCAAUGUGAAAAACAACCGGCAAUUUCCCGAAACAUCAAUCAUUUUGCAGACGCCGAUGAGUCUGAAGUCAAAACGGGCGGUCACUUCAAAACAAAUCAGCAAGUUUUUGAGCAGAUUAUUCUCUGUCAGGAAGUAGGAACAUGAGAAAAAAACAUUUUUUUUCAGGUCGCACAUGAAAAAACCGUAACGAUUUCUUCUAGGCUCACCCGACUCAAAACGACUUACGCGUGGGACUAUCGAAAAGUAGAAGAGCAAGUUUCCAGACCCCAAGCCGGCCGUAGACUCGAUUUCCACCGCAACGCGACCGCGACACGUUGA